AUGUACAAAUCCCUCUCCCUCCUACUCCUCGCCGCCCUCGGCGCCACCGCCACCAACCAACCCUGGGAAGCAACAUCCGCUCCCUCCCCACCCCCGCCACCGCCAGCACCAGCACCACCGGCGCCCCCCGCCCCAGAGUCCUGGAAAGACACUCCCGCCCCUCCCCCACCGGUCCAGUACGUCCACGCGACAUUCCAGGGCGCCAACCCGCCCGAAGCGCAAUACACGCGCAGCAUCCCCGCCGACGGCAGCGAGUUCUACACGAACGACCCCCUGUCCAUCAGCCACAUCGUCACCGACGGGGGGCCAUGUACCUUCUACGGCGUCGACGGCCUGGUGCUGGCGAAGCCGGCGGGGGGACUGGUUGAUGUGGGCCCGCCGCAGACGAUUACGAAGGCGGUGUGUAAGGCCGCGGGCGGGUAUAAGGCGAAGCGCUUCAGUGCUUAA